AUGGACCACCACAACAGCGCCGUCAAGGCCAUUGCUUCCCACAUUGAGGAUUUCUAUAAGCGCAAGGAGCCGUUCCGUAUCUACCAUGGCUCAACAAAUAGUACCAGAAUUGUACAGUUCGACAGGAAGAAGAUGAUCAACAUGAGCGAGUUCAACCGCGUCCUGAAGGUUGAUACCGAACGGAACGUCGCCCUUGUCGAACCCAACGUGCCUAUGGACACUCUGGCUGAGGAGACUUUGAAACAUGGCCUGAUACCGCCCGUCGUCAUGGAGUUUCCCGGAAUCACUACCGGUGGCGGCUUUUCCGGCGUGGCUGGCGAGAGUUCUUCGUGGAAAUGGGGCUUCUUCGACCGCAUCGUCAAUUGGUGCGACGUUAUCCUUCCCACCGGCGAAAUCACGAAAGUAUCGCCCACCGAGAAUCCCGAUCUCUUCUACGGUGCCCCUGGAACUUACGGCACUCUUUGUGUAACCACAUUGUUUGAGCUUCAGCUCAUUCCCGCCAAGAAGUUUGUCGAGCUGGAAUACGUAACCGUUGAUAGCGUACAAUCUGCCAUCCAGACCGUAGAGCGCGCCAUGGCCGAGGAAGCGCACGAGUACAUCGAUGGCAUCAUGUUUUCCCUCAAGCGCGGCUCCAUCAUGCUUGGCAAGAUGACAGACGCCCCUUCUUCACCCUCAAUCAAACCUCAGCGCUUCUCUCGUGCCUGGGACAACUGGUUCUACCUUCACGCAGACUCCGUCACAAAGGUGGGCAAGGAGAAUCACGUCGAAGUGAUUCCGCUCACAGACUACCUCUUCCGCUACGACCGCGGUGCUUUCUGGACCGGCCGCUACGCAUUUAAGCGCUUCUACACACCCUUCGACCGCUUCUCCCGCCUGGUCUUGGAUCGCCUCAUGCACACCCGACGCAUGUACGCUGCCCUCAACGCGAGCGGCUUCACCCAGCAAUACAUCAUCCAGGAUCUCGCGCUCCCCUUCGACAGCGCCGAGGACUUCAUCAACUGGGUUGACAAGGAGACCAAGACCUACCCGCUCUGGCUUUGCCCACUGCGCGUCGAGAAUGCAUCAGCGGUGCCUCUGCACGCUAAGAUCGGCAGGAACCCAAAGCUCGCCGAUGGUAACGGUGCGUCAGAAUCGCCAGCGGAUUCAGCCACAGAGUCCGGUGCGGCGGGAACCGGUGCGGGAGGCCCGCAGUUCCUUUUGAACGUUGGCGUCUGGGGUCCGGGACCUCGUAAGGCGGAGCCGUUCGUCAAGGUGAACCGCGCGUUGGAGGCUGAGGUAAAACGGCUUGGCGGAUUCAAGUGGCUAUACGCCAACGCUUACUACACAGAGGAGGAGUUCUGGCAAAUCUAUGACAGAGAAUGGUAUGAGGGCCUGAGGAAGAAGUACAAUGCUGAGACACUGCCAAAUGUGUACGAAAAGGUCAAGGCGAAGGAGGAGAGAGUGCCGAUCAGUGGACUCAGGGGUGUCAAAACGGCCAUGUUUUCUGGAACCAGCGGGAAGCAUCUGCUUAGAAAGUAA